AUGCUCGCCCUGAAACAUUUUGUGUUCUGUCUAAGCGUUUCUGCGGCGUACGCCGAGGUAGAGUUUCAAAGUUGGGAGAGACCACCGGACAACAAUCCUGACCUGAACAGGAAAGGCCUUGGCCCGAUGCAAGAUGCAUGGGAGACAAUCAAGGGUACGGCGAACCAGACCUAUUAUCUCAUUUAUAGUAGCGGAUUGGGGACCGAAGCGUAUUACAGAACUUUUAAAUGCAUCCAAGCGCAAACAAGAUACCUCAAUCAAACAUUGAAGAGUGCCAAUUACACAUCAAAAUGGUACCACCCAAGAUCUAAAAAAAUCGAAUCAAAUACCCAAUAUGUUCAAGCUGUAAAGCAAAAGGAUUAUAGCAUUGAAAAUGCUAUGCAUCUGGACCAGCCUCAGCGUAAAGCCACAUCAAGAAAUGGAUCCUGCUAUAACCUCGAUUUCGACUCCACAUGUGAAGUUAACGGCUGUGCCGUAGAUCACAAGGAAUGUUGGCGAGGACCCUUGAGUGUGCAUUCCGAAAAAUACGUGUUAUUCGACAAUUCCUUUUGUUAUAUACUGAGAUCACUACUAAGCCAGUUUGGCUUUGAAUCUUGUGAAUUCUGGCUUAGGGAAGAUUGGGUAAAGAAACAUUUGUCGAUUCCCGAAGUACAGAUCGAAGAAAGUGAGAAAAAAGAGGAGGAGUCUGAGAACAAGGAUAGGACAACGUAUCCGUACGAUUCCUUAUUUAAGCAACUUCCGUCCAGCUGCCGAUACGCAUUUCUUCUUAACUGCGGAUAUCCGGAAUACCGAAUGUAUGACAAGGAAAUCUGCGACAAGAUUAAUGAAGAAAAAAAUGCUGCAUCAGGUGACACAAACGGAAGUAACUAA